AUGGAUCUUUUGCAACGCCUCAUCGCCGGCUCAGCCUCUUCAAAACAACAACGUGUUCCUAGCCAGAAUGAGCGACUUGGAGCCUGCAAGAGGCUGUGUAACGCUCUACAGAACAUCUGGCGUAGCUCUUCCUCGCUGUCUGAGGAUGAUGCCACCGCUAGCCAUGUUGCCAACAUUCUUCGUCGGUUGAACACGAUUCUUGAAGACGAAGCAAGAAAGGCCGCACCACAUUCAUGUCUGCUCUGGACAGCAGCUAACCAGAUCUACAUCAUCGUCGCAAAGCUUGCAUUAUCUUCUAGCAGUAGUGAAGUUGUCGAUCAUGCCGUCCACUUCUUCCAUUUCCUCAUUAAUGGAGAAGUCGAAGGUGUGCUUGAUAGCAAAAUCUUCGCAAGGUCUUUGAUCGACCUAGUACGACGAACCACAUCUCCAACUACUAAAGUAGUAGACGAGCAAGGUGAGUCGGCACUCAUUGAGCUAUUGUUCGAGAUAUGUACCAAAAUACGUUUGGAUCCUGACAUUCUACCGGCUUGGUUCUACCCGGAGCGUGUACCGGGCAAAUCACUUUCUUCACUAGACGCAAGACGCAGUCAAUUUCCGUUGUUUCAUCUACUAGUUGAUUUCGUUCACUACGAUGGACCUACUGGUGACUUCGCUCGAACAGCCUUGCUGUAUCUCACCGAAACGUCGCCGAAAUCCAGGCCACUUGAGAAAUGGAUGAUGGAGAGUGACCUAGCACAUCAGAUGGCCAGUGGUCUCAGUGCUCUGUACGCUCGACUUAGUAGACAGGCGCUAAGUAUCAGUAAGAGAGCACUGCCGAUACUGGCCUUCUCAGACGCAGCUGAUGCCAAGGACGAGCCAGAUGAGUUUUACGAAGACGCUGGGAUGGACAUGCGAGCAUUUCUGUCAUACCUAGCCUUUUGGCAAGAUACACUUUCGCAUUGCAAGUCUUCUGAGGUUCGAGAUACGUUGCUUGAUUCCUUUCAGGUCUUGUUCGUGGAACAGCUCCUGUAUCCGUCUUUGCUAGAGUCCUCGGACGUCGAGGGAGGAUCAACUUCAGCAGUCAUGCUCCAUCUUUGCCGAUUCCUGGAUGCCAUCGACGAUCCGCAGCUCAUAGAACGAAUGUUCAGUUAUCUCUUCGCCAUUAAAUCGCAGCCUGCCGUGGCUAAGAGCCAGCGACCACGGACCAGAAUUUCGAUGAGUAGACGCAGGAGCAUGGAACAGCUAGCGACGCUUGCCUCACUGACAGACAACCCAUCACCUGAACUCUUCAGUCUCCUUGAUCUAAUUGUGUUCAGCUUGCGAUCGAGUAACGCUCAGACCGUAGUGGCCAGUUUGAAACUCAUCACAAUACUUCUAAGACGACAUCAUCCCCAUGUGAAGCAUCAGCUAUUUGCUGAGGAAGUACUGAGCCCAGGUGCCAGACAGAACUUGAGUGGAUUGAACAACACUAUGAUGACCUUGUUUGACUGUGCGAGCGUCAUCUCCGAUGUUAGCACAAUGGACCAGUCUUUCCAGGCCGCCUUGAAAGACGCCCAGACAUCAAUGGAGCACCAUAGUUGCUUGUUCACUAACAACAACGAUCGCGGGUCGAAGACAGAGAUAGUGGCUAUCUCAACCAGCUGCAAAGUCCUGGAGCAUAUGACCAACCUGUUAGAGUCGUGGUUCGCCAACGAUACACUGGUCAACCUCGAGCUGACAGGUGCGCUCUCGGGUCUUGCAGCAUGCGAACAUAUUCUCAUGCGAAGCUGGCUUGUUCCCACACAGUCAAGUUCGACGGGCAUUAUGGCCAUCAUUACCCAGCUGGUACAGCAAGUCAAACUAUGGCGAGCACAAUACAUCGAAUGGGAUGCCUUCUAUUCAAUCCAAAAGGUCGAGCUCGCAAGUGAGGACGAACUUUUCAGCCUCGGUCAGCCGUCUGGCCCGCAGAGCGAAGAAAGAACGUCGUGUCCCAAGAAGACCAAGGUCGAAUCUUCGUCUCCAUCUGUACAGGCAAUGACCAGCAAGAUGGCAGCUGUAGAUAUUGGCUCAAUAGACGGUCGGAUAGCGAGCAAUGGCAGCACAGCUGUUGAGCACGGGUCGUCACGAAAAGUGUCAGAUGGAAGCAAUGAUGCAGAAGGUUCAGUGACAAGCAUGCGGAGCAUAUCGUCUAGCACCCUCAGUGCCACUUUACUGGAGACAAGGAUUCCGGUAGGAUCGUCUCAGAUGACUCAGGUCGACUCAUCAAGUCGUGAGGGAGCUGUAUCGCAGGAUGGCGAGGCAGACCGUGGAACGGAGGCAGUCACAAGUCGCGAGACAGCAGCAGAGCAGGACCAACCAUCCACAGCAUCAUUACGACACGUACUGACACAAGCAAUCAUUCUCCAGGAAUUUGUUUUCGAAUUGGCAGCAGCACUUCAGAUACGGGCUACGUUAUUUGAUGAAGUCGACUUGUCGUAG